GCAGCGGAUGCUUUCUGACUGGGGAAGGUGUUAUUUUUGGCAGGGAGAACUGUUCCGUUUCAACACACCAAGAACGUGCUUUUUGUCCGGUGUGUGGAUGAAGGUUGGAGAGCGUCUUUUCUAAGCCUCCCUGGUGGAAGCCAGACACACUGAAUUUGCAUGACAAUAAAACUGCGCUUGUUCUCUCUCUCUAGGGACCUGUCCAAUAACAAGAUCACGGUUUUAGAUGCUGAGGCUUUUGAACGCCUGACUUCCCUGCAAACGCUAGAUAUAAGCCACAACAUGAUUUCUACGCUAGAAGAUGGAAUAUUUGAUAAAUUAUUUAAUUUAAGUGACAUAAACUUAAGCCUGAAUCCAUUUCUUUGUGACUGCAAACUUUCCUGGCUCCCUCGCUGGGUGGAAGAGAGAAAAGUGAACGUGAUCCGGCCGUGGGAUACGAAAUGCGCCCAGCCUCCGGAACUGGCCAGUCUUCCUCUUUUCAAUGUUUCCUUCCCCAAUGGGACGUGUGGAGCGCCGUACAUCGCCUGCGUGACCGACAACAACACCGGGGCAGCCGAUUCCGUCAUCCUCUUCACGUCCGUUCCUUCCGCAAACCUCAGCGAGGAGGCCUGCAGCGCCCUCUGCUACGCGGACGCCCAGGAGUACGGCAGCCUCGGCGCCCAGGCGCAGUGUCUGUGCGGCGUUGCCGUGGAACCCAAUUCUUCCUCCGGCUGUUUGCCCUUUUGCACCGAGGGCUCUGCUGGCCAGGCCUGCGGCGGCCCUUCCCUUCUCCGCUCGUUCUUCCCGGCCCGGCUGCAGGCCUCUCUCACGGGCCCUCCCCGCCCUCACCACCGUCACCAUGCAGCGGCCUUCCAUGUCAGUGCUCCAGACACGGUCAGCACCGUCCAGUGGGACUUCGGGGACCACACGGGGCUUCGCAACACCACCGAAAAGGCCGUGCUCCACCAGUAUGCCUCGCCCGGGCGCUACAACGUCACCGUCACCCUCUUUGUGGGCGCCCGGGUCGCCGCCGUGCACACCGAAGUCGAGGUGGUGGCUCCCCCUGAGCUGAUAGACCUGCAGUGUCCUGCCAUGGUGCGGACGAAUGAAAGCCUCGACCUACGGAUCAGGAAUAGGGGCGGCAUCGGCCUCCCCGCCGUGUAUCGUAUCGUGGCCGAGAACGACGGGCUGGGCAAAGUGGUUCACCCAAUGUGCCCACCGGAUGGCCUGGUCUUCCCUGGCAACCGUCACUGCUACCGGCUGGUGGUGGAGAAGGCCCCGUGGCUGGAGGCCCAACAGCACUGCCAGGACCGUGGCGACGGAGCGCUGGCUUCUGUGAGCAGUCCUGAGAUUCAGCGCUUCUUGGUCGCUCAUAUCAUCAGGGGCCUGGACGUCUGGAUCGGAUUCAAUGAUUUUGCAAGCGCUGGAGCUCAGCAGAAGGACGAAGGAUUUAAUUUGGAGAGCUGUCAGAACUGGCUGCCGGGAGAGCCCCAUCCAUCCAACGCCGACCACUGUGUCCGGAUGGGCCCGACAGGCCAGUGCAACACGGACCUGUGCAUGGCCAAGCACAGCUACGUCUGCGAGUACAAUCUGACAGGAAUUCUUUUGAAUGCCGAAAACUUUUAUGUGGGCAACCCUGCGUUUGACACACCCGGGUCUGUGAACCUCGUGGCCAGGGCCAGGUCUCUGCCAGCGCCGUCGGACACUGUGGAGGUAAGGGCUCGCACCCUGUCCCUGCGGAGGGAAGGCUGUGAGUUUGAGACCCAAGACCUGCAGCGUCCGGUUCACGUGAGGUUUCAGGUGCACAGACCCGCACGUCGAGAAGGUUACAGUGAGGAAAAAACCGCCACCUAUCCAACACACACUUCUCAGGAUAUUGGACCCUGGACACUACUUGAAUGCCCUGCUGGUUUCCAAUGGUGUCACUUGACUAACACAUGUUUGUCGCUAAGCAGUUGCUGCAGCCCAGCGGAUUGUGCCAACGAUUCCAUCACCAAUAGCACCACCUCCCUCUCUGGGCACAAUGAAAGCCAGCUCAGCUAUGAACUCCUCAAAGAGUUUCUCUUCACUAUCCCGCCAGGCGCCUCUGCUCAGUAUCUGGUGACAUUUCAAGGUGAAGACACCUUUGUCCGGCCUAAGGAUGUCUUCAGCAUCCAGCACGAUGCAGCGCCGGGCUAUUUCCUCCAUUGUCGGCCAAGCACAAUAUCACCGUACAGCCGCCGGGGCCCCCAGCCUGUCCACCUGCCUCACUGGAGCGCUCUGGAACAUGACACCGUGUGCUCUCUCAGGGUUCUCUCUGCCACCGAACAGGCAACGCCGCUUACCAUCCCAUCCAAUCCCGGACUGGAGCGCCCCGGCUUCUACACCGUCAAUGCCACGGUGGACUAUGGAGUCUUCAGUGCCAACUUGUCUUGUAGUUUCUGGGUGGCUUCUCCGGUGUCGGGCCUCCGUGUCAUUUACCCCCCUCCUCAGAGCGGGAAAGUCUACGUGCCCACCAACCACACGUGGCUGGUGGUGAAGAUCUCCUCAGGGGCGAACGCAACAGCAAGCUGGCUCGACGAGAACCGGACCUUCCCCUUCGAAGGGGCGUGCCCGCCAGCCGUGGUUCCGCUGACAGCGGACUGCGCCCGGAACACCAACGACACCUGGUUUGCGGUGGUCGAGCUGAGCGGGGUGGGGGAGCGCGCGAGCCCCAUGCUGCUGAUGGUGGAAAACGCCGUGAGCUCCCAGAACAUCACGGUGAAAGUGAAAGUGGAGGAGCCCAUUAGUGGACUUGGCGCGACCCCCAACCCAGAAACCAGAGUCUUGCUAAACACCCGGGUGAGCUACGUCCCUGUGAUGAAGGCCGGGUCGGAUGUGACUUUCCGAUGGACGGUGGACGAUAAGCCCUCUUUCACGUUCUACAACGUUGUCUUCAACGUUAUCUACCAAAGCCCCGCUGUGUACAAGCUAUCGCUCACUGCGUCCAAUCACGUCAGCAACGUCACCGUGGAUUACAACGUCACAGUGGAGAAGAUGAAUCGGAUGAAGGACCUGACCGUGUCCGAGAUCCCCCGCCUCCUCCCUCAGAACGCGACAGUGGAGCUUACCGCCACCGUAUGGAUCGACUCGGCGGUGGACGUGGCCUUCUUAUGGGAUUUUGGAGAUGGUGGUCAUGAGAGUUACCAGUUCACACCUCCCUAUAACGAGUCUUUCCUCGUUCCUGAUCCCAGCGUCCAUCAGGUUGUGGUCGAGCACAAUGUGUCGUACACCUAUCGAGCGCCAGGAGAAUACAGCCUGGUGGUUCUUGUGUCCAACAGUUUUGAGAACCUUACCCACCAGAUUCCGGUUCACGUCCACGCUUACCUGACUGGCUUGACUGUUCAAGCCGACGCCGAUGUCCUGGUCGUAGGACAGCCUGUCACCUUCGAAGCCUGCCCACAGCCAUCCGCCUACGGCGUCUGGUACACCUGGGACUUUGGGGAUGGCUCCUGGCUGCUGUCGGAGAGCCGACAGAGAGUGACCCACAGCUACCAGGCCAAGGGGAUGUAAAAUGUCAGCCUGACAGCCAACAACACUGUGAGCCGCGUGGAGACACACCGCCGUUACCGUGUCUUUGAAGAGAUCACCGGGUUGAGCGUUUCCUCUGACAGGGUGGUGGAGCUGGGCCUCUCCAUAUCAGUAAAUGCUUCCGUGGAGACAGGGGACAACAUCAGCUGGAUAUUUGACAUGGGGGACGGGACCAUACUGAUGAGCACGGUGCCAGUGGUAGAUCAUGUGUACAUCAAGGAUGUCAACUGCACUAUUAACGUGACUGCUGUGAAUCCCGUGAACUCUCUCUCUCAGGCUGUGCCUGUCCGGGUAUUUGUCCUGGAGGUCCUCAAAAUAGAGCCUUCCUCUUGCAUCCUGGAGCAGCCCAACGUGCAGCUACGUGCGCACGUCUCGGGGAACUCCGAGAACUAUCUUUUUGACUGGACCUUUGGAGAUGGCUCGACCAACGUCACCGUCUACGGGGACCCCGUGGUGACGCACAACUUCACCAGCAGCGGAAUCUUUCCCCUCUCCCUGAUUCUCUCAAGCAGCGUGAACAAGGCGCACUACUUCACCAUCGUCUGUGUGGAGCCAGCGAUUGUCAAUGUCACGCUCCUUCCCCCCAGGCAGUUUGCGAGGCUUGGAGAAGAGAGCAAUUUCCAGGUCAGUGUCAUGCCUCCGUACCAAUACAAAUACUACUGGGACUUUGGGACCAAUGAUUCUGCUCGCUCCGGUGGGACUGAAGUGAGUUACACUUACAAGAGCACAGGGCUCUACCUGGUCACAGUGACCGUCUCCACCAACGUCUCGUUCAACAACGACACGGCUUUUGUGGAAGUCCAAGAACCGGUUAGGGUCGCGAAGAUUGAAUACAACGGGACCAGGGUUUUGGAGCUGAAUCAGAUCUAUCUGUUCUCCGCCAGUGGGAACGGGACCAAAGUGAGCUACCGCUGGGACUUGGGGGAUGGUUAUAACCAGCUCGGACAGUUCAUCACCCAUUCUUACAACGCCACCGGCAGCUACACCAUCAGCUUGACGGGCUGGAAUGAUGUGAGCCUCAAUGAGACCAGCAUCAAUGUCACCGUGAAGAGGCGACUCCAGGGGCUUACCGUCAAUGCCAGCAGGACGGUGGUGCCACUGAACGGGUCAGUGAGCUUCGUGGCCACGCUCCUAGCCGGCAGCGCUGUCCGGUAUUCCUGGAUCCUGUGCGAUAGGUGCACGCCCAUCCAAGGCUCUUCCACCAUUUUCUACACCUUCCGGUCCGUGGGGACGUUUAACGUCAUUGUGACGGCAGAAAACGAGAUCAGCUCCCUGCAGGGCAGCAUCUAUGUCUACGUCUUGCAGCAGAUCGAAGGGCUGCAGAUCGUCAGCAGCGACCUCGUGGAGGAGGCGUAUUUCCCUACCAACAAGACGCUUCAUCUGCAAGCGGUGGUGAGAGACGGGACCAACAUCUCUUAUAGCUGGACCGCCCUGAAGGAUGGCAGUCCCCUGCAGACAUUCAGUGGGAAGACCUUUUCCUGGAACGUCCUGGAGGCUGGGAACUACACGAUCCAUCUGAAAGCCACUAACAUGCUGGGGAGCAUAGCUGUGAACAGGACAGUGGAGUUCAUUGAAAGCAUCGGCCUUUUGAAACUUUCUGCCUUCCCCAAUCCGGCUGCCACCAACACCUCAGUUAACAUAAGCACCAGCGUGACCAGUGGCACAUGCCUAAUAUAUAUUUGGCACCUAGAAGAAGGUUUCUCGCCUGUUACCACCGAGCCUUUUGUCCUACAUUCUUUCCAGAGACAUGGCGCAGUAGAGGUCACCGUCACAGCCGAAAACAAGAUUGGUUCCCAUAAUGCAUCAGUUUACAUCUUUAUACAGGAACCCAUCGUGGGCUUGAGGAUUAGGACUGCGGUGCCAGACUGCAGCUUUGUCCCAUCGGGCUCUGUGGUGACCUUCAGCGGUGAACUCGAAAAGGGGACUAACAUGAGUUGGUUGUGGGAGCUGCCGCAGGACUGGCAGGAUGGACAGACCGUGGCAGUGAAGUUCCCGGAUGCUGGCUUUUUCUCUGUCUCUCUGAAUGUGUCCAAUGACAUCAGCUGGGCGGUGGCCAGCAAGAAUAUCACAGUGCAGGACAGAAUCGAAGGCCUGGAGCUUUUGGUGAGCAAGAAGGUGGUUGAGCCGGGGGAACCGGUCUCUUUUGUGAUCAGCAUGUCUUCCGGCUCCUCCGUGAGCUAUUUGGUGAACAUCAGUGGGGGCUUCUCCUUGGUGCUCAAUGGCUCUCGGUAUACCCAUGAAUUCACUGAGAGUGGUGAUUACCUCGUGGUGGUGAUGGUGUGGAACCAAGUCAGCAGGGAACGCACAGAGGUGCGUAUCUCAGUACUGGAAGCCAUCCGUGACCUAAGGCUCGUCAACUGCUGCGAACUGGGCAUCCCAACGGGAAUGAGAAAGACCUUCACCGCCCAGGUUGGGAGCGGCUCCCGGGUGUCGUUUUCCUGGCAGUUCUCUUUGCAGAAAGAGCACGGCCGCGCCCUGGUCAGUUUGAUGGGCGAAAGUGUCUCCUACGCGCCGGCAGCUGCAGGGCUGCUCGAAAUUCAUCUCAGUGCUUUCAAUGACCUGGGGAGUUUGAACACCACCAGGCUGAUCCACGUCCAAGACCCAAUCACUCACAUCUCCCUUAAGCCCACGCUGGCCUUCGUUAACAGGACGGCAUUAUUCGAAGCUUCCGUGCAGCCGAGUGCGUGGCAAGUUAACUUCCGGUGGGGCUUUGGGGACGGUUCCCCAGCUCAGAUCACAGAGGUGGCAGCCAUGAACUACUCCUACCUGAAGCCCGGGGACUACCAGGUGGAGGUGAACGCCACCAACCUCGUUAGCUUCAUGACCGCCCAGCUCACAGUCACCGUCCGAGUCUUGGAGUGCGAGGAGCCGGAGGUGGAACUCGCCCUGCCGCCGCAGGUGGUCAUGAAACGAUCCCAGCGGAGCUACCUGGAGGCGCAGAUCGACCUCCGUGGCUGUGUCAAGUACCAGACAGAAUAUCAGUGGGAGAUUUACCGAGCCCCCAGCUGCCUGCACUUGGGUGACUCCGACAGGGUCUACCUGAUGAAUGUUGACGUGAGCAGGCCGCAGCUGGUCAUACCCAAGCUAGCCCUGGAAGUAGGAAACUAUUGCUUCGUCUUCUUUGUCUCCUUCGGGGACACCCCUCUGUCCAAGAGCAUUUUCGCCAACGUAACCGUGACGCCGAGUAAGCUGGUGCCCAUCAUCGACGGGGGCUCUUACCGCGUGUGGUCCGACACUCGGGACUUAAUCCUGGAUGGCGAGAAAUCCUACGACCCUAACUUGGACGACGGUGAACAGACGCCGCUGUUGUACUGGUGGUCCUGCACGUCCUCCUCCAAGACCUCGCCCGCGGGGUCCUCCCUGCAUUUCAGCGCUGCAGGGGGUGUGGUCACCGUUUCCAGAGCAAUGCUCGAGGCCGAUGUGGAGUACACCUUCGACCUCACCGUCUGGAAGACGGGUCUGAAUCCCGAGUCCACGAAUCAAACCGUGCUGAUCAAGAAGGGAAAGGUCCCCAUUGUGUCCCUGGAAUGUGUUUCCUGCAAAGCCCAGUCUGUCUACGAAGUCAGCAAGAGCUCCUACGUCUACCUGGAGGGCACCUGCCGGAACUGCCGGAACGACUCCAAGCUCGGGCGAUGGGCAGCGCAUAGCUUUAAAAACAAGUCUCUGGUCUUGGACAAAACCACCACCUCCACUGGCAACACGGGAAUGAACCUGGUCUUACGGCCAGGAGCCUUAAAGGAUGGGGAAGGGUACACCUUUACCCUUCAUGUCACGGACCUCACCAUCGGGGAGGAAGGUUAUGCCUCCAUGGACCUGCUCCCGAACCGGCCCCCUGUUGGAGGAGUGUGUCAGCUCUCGCCGAAUGCGGCGGUCCAAGCGCUGAUGACAAAGGUUCACUUUGAAUGCACAGGCUGGAGAGACACGGAGGACGAGGAGACCCCCCUGGUGUACAUCCUCCUGGCCACUCGCUGCAAACCGGGACAGUGCGAGCAGUUCGGCAUGUACAAAGGCAGCCGCUCCGAGCACAGCGCCUUCCUCCCGCCGGGCUUCAGUGCAAACCGCUUCCUCGUGCACGUGUCUGUGCUGGUGCAGGAUCAGCUGGGAGCCACGGCCGUGGCCCUUAACCGCUCCAUGACCAUCACCCUGCCCAGGCCCGCAGCCGGCGCCCACAGCCUCUCCCACUGGCUCUACAACCAGACCGAGACAGUGCUCCAGGGCCUGGUGAAGCAGCGGGACCCGCAGAAUGUCAUCGAGUACUCCCUGGCCCUCAUCACCAUCCUAAACGAGCACGAGCACUUGAUGCGUGGGGACGCCGAGACCGGGGGCGAGCGAGAGCUGCGCACCUGGACGCGGCGGAACAUCACCGAGACCCUCGUCUCCCUGAACGUGAACACGGUAGACGACAUCCAGCAGAUCUCCGCUGCCCUUGCUCAGUGCACGGUGGCGAGCAAGGAGCUUCUAUGCCGAUCGUGUCUGACCGGGACCUUGAGCAAGCUAGAAAGCAUGAUGGCCAUCCUGCAGGGCGAAACCACGCAGGGCAUCAUGACUCCGACAGCCAUUGCCGACAACAUCCUCAACAUCACCGGGGACUUAAUACACCUCGUCAACACGGUUCCCCCCGAGUCCAAACUCCAGGGGGCGUGCGGCGAUCCCCACCGCGUGCUGGUCGCUUCCAAAGCCUACAGCCUGUCCUCCAGCCUGAUGCGCAUCCUCAUGAAGUCCCGGGUGCUGAAUGAGGAGCCCCUGGAACUGGUGGGAGGCGAAAUCGUGGCCAAGGGCAAGCGGUCUGACCCCUUCAACUUGCUCUGCUACGAGAACGCAUCAGACUGCCAGUUCUCCAUCCCCCAGGCCUUCAACACCACCUUCUCCGACCUGACCGACGUGGUCCAAGUCAUGUUCCGGGUGGACUCCAACCCCUUCCCCUUCGGCUACAUCAGCAACUACACCGUGUCCACAGAGGUGGCCUCCAUGGAGUUUCAAACCAACAAUGGGACCCAGAUCCCCAUUGGGAGCCUGGACUCGGAAAAGGCCAUCACCGUGAUGGUAUCGAACAGCUCCGGCGGGAGGAACAUCUCUGCUGGCUCUGCCGUCGUGCAGGGGAAGGCUUCGGUGAACCUCAUUGUUACGACUGAAAACAGCCUCUGGGAAGCAGGGCUGCACUUCCAGCUCACCUACCGUGUCUUAAACGAGCGCUACGUCUCGAGCGAGCCGGAGCCGUUCAUCGCAGCCUACCUGUCUCCCUCGCCGGCGCCCAACGAGCACAACUGCAGCGCGGCCAGGAAGAUCGGUCUGGAGGCCGUCGAGAGGCGGGACCACAAGCGCUACACUUUCUUCAUUUCCCCGAUAACCCACGACACUACUCAGGCCUAUUACUUGAACGUCACGAACCAUUUCAGCUGGUCGCCGGUGGAGGUGACCCUGAGCGUGUACACCUCCCUGUGCCAGUACUUCAGCGAGCAGGAGAUGAGGUGGAAGACGGAAGGCAUCAUCCCGUUGGAGGAGACCAGCCCGGAUCAGGCGGUGUGCUUAACUCAACACCUGACAGCCUUCGGAGCCAGCCUGUUUGUUCCCCCAAACUCCGUCCAGUUCAUAUUUCCUGCGCCUGGCCCGGGUCCCAACUACAUUGUCCUGCUGACGUGUGCUGUCUGCUUCGUGACGUACUCCGUCGCCCUGCUGAUUGUGCACAAACUGGACCUGAUUGACAUUAACCGAGUGGGGGUGAUUCCGUUCUGCGGGAAGAACGGGCUGUAUAAAUACGAGAUCCUGGUGAAAACCGGCUGGGGCCGAGGGUCAGGUACCACAGCCCACGUGGGGAUCACCUUGUACGGCGUGGACAACAAAAGCGGCCACAGGCAUCUGGACGGGGAGAACGCUUUCCACCGCAACAGCCUCGAUGUCUUCCAGAUCGCCACCGAGCGCAGCCUGGGCAGCGUCUGGAAAAUCCGCAUCUGGCAUGACAAUAAAGGACUCAGCCCGGCGUGGUACCUGCAGCACGUCAUCGUCCAAGACCUGCAGACCAGCAAGAGCUACUUCUUCCUGGUGAACGGCUGGCUGUCGGUGGAGAGCGAGGAGAGCGAGGGCAGGGUGGAGAAGGAGGUGUACGCCGCCAGCGAGAGUGAGCUGAGGAGCUUCCCUCGGAUCUUCGUGGCCGAGCUGCAGCGGGGUUUCUUCGAGAAGCACGUCUGGCUCUCCCCGGGGGACCGGCCCCCCCGCAGCCGCUUCACCCGGGUGCAGAGAGCCACCUGCUGCGCCGCCCUCCUCUCCCUCUUCCUCUGUGCCAACGCCGUGUGGUACGGCGUGGUGGGCGACGCCACGCGCAGUUACGUGGCUGUGUCCAGGCUGAUCCCGGUUAGCGUCGACACCGUGGCUGUUGGUUUGGUGUCCAGUGUUGUGGUCUAUCCAUUGUACCUGGUCGUUUUGUUCCUCUUCAGGAUGGCGCGUAGCAAGGUGUCCGUCAGCCACACCCUGACUCACUCGGACCAGCAGUCCUUGGAGAUCGAUAACUACCUGGACUCCUCCCUCCUGGAGAGCUCCUUCCUCUCCUUCCCCGGGCUCCGGACCGAGGCCUUCUCCGAGCAAACCAAAACCGAUUUGUUCCUGGACGAUUCGAAAAGUCUGAUUCGGUGGCACUCCAGCGAGGCCCUGCUCCACUGGCCAGAUCUCCUCAGCGACCCCUCCAUCAUGGGCAACACCAUCCAGAAACUGAAGCGGGGACGGGCCAGCCGCCACCUGGGGCUUGAGGUGCCUCUGCCGGCCGAGGAGGACAGCUUGUCGCUUGGCUUGCACCACGGGCAGACCAAAUGCUUCUCCGCCUCAGAUGAGGAUCUCAUCCGGCAGAUCCUCGCCGACGGCGCUAGCGGCAUUUCCCACCCCCAGGAGACGGGGCCUCAUGCCCGAGCCGAAACGGACCUGCUCUCCGGCCUCUCCUCUGUGUUUGGGGAGAAGACGGAGACCAUCAUGCUGCAGCGGCUGAACGAGAAAGGGCAGAACAUCCCAGCCCCGGCCAGAGACGUGAGCGGCUCUGCCAAGUCGACGUGGACAGUUGUGGACCCCGGGUUCCGGAAGCGCCUGCUGCCGCACUGGUGCUCCUUCCUAGCUCACGCCAUCAGCCUCCUGCUCCUUGCCACCUCCAUGGGCGUCUCGGUGUGGAUCGGCGUGGGCUUCAGCUCCAGCGUGGCGCUCAUGUGGCUCAUCUCAGGGAUUUUCAGCUUCCUGGCGUCCUUCCUGGUCUGGGAGCCUCUGAAGGUUCUGCUGGAAGCCCUGUACUUCGCACUGGUGGCUAAGCGCCUGCACCCGGAGGAAGAUGACACGCUGGUGGAGCAGCCCUUCGUCGAGCACGUUUCCGAAAAGAUCAACAAAGUCCGACCUCCGCAGGGGUUUGCCCUUUUCCAGGCCAAGGAGGAGGCCCGGAAAGUCAAACUGCUUCACAAGAUGCUAAAGAAUUUCCUCAUCUAUAUGCUGUUCUUGCUGGUGACGCUGCUGACCAACUACGGCGACGCCUCCCGCCACGGCAGGGCCUUCCUCCUGCAAAGCUCCAUCAAGCAGCAGGUUGGCGGUGAGGAAUUCCUCCGCAUCAAGAGAUCCGACGAGUUCUGGGUGUGGCUGGGGCCAACCCUGCUCGCCUCACGAGAGAGGAGACAGGGAGGGGUUUCCAGCGGGACAGAGCUGAGAGGUGGAGCUCGUUUUCUAGCUUCCCGGGAGCCAGCGGGCACGGUGCUGGUCUCCGCUGAAGUCCGGCUGCAGAAUGCCUGGAUACCGUUCACGAUUUCCUCGGCGGGACGGAUGCCCCCACGGCGGCGAAGACCUGCACGUCCGCCUCUAGCAGCGGGCCAUUACGCGGUGGGCUGGGAGAGGGUAUCUGUCAAUCUGACCCAGUCUUGGUCCUACUCGCCGCCUGACCUCGCCGGCGUCUGGUACUGGGGCGCCCUCUCGGUGUACGACAGCGGAGGUUACGUCCAGGAGCUGGGAGCCACGCUGGCGGAGAGCAGAGCCCGGGUGGACUAUCUCCAGCAAAACAACUGGAUCAACAACAUGAGCAGAGCGGUCUUCGUGGAGCUGACGCAGUACAACCCCAGCGUGGACCUGCACGCCGCCAUCACCCUGCGGCUGGAGUUCCCGUGGCCCUUCCCCCUGCUGCGGCUCAGCGGGGGAGUCACGCUGCAGCUUGUCAUGAUGGUCUUUCUCAUGGUGUUUGUGGUCUACUUUGUGGUUUCCGAGUCCCUCUCCAUCCAAAAGGAAGGCAGGGCCUACUUCACGUCCUUGGGAAGCUACAGCCAGUGGCUGCUCAUCCUUCUGGCCACCUGCACCGUGGUGGUGCACGUGAGCCAGGCCACCAUCGCUGACCAGCAGUGGGCAAAGUAUCUGAAGAACCGCAAGGGCUUCACCAGCUUUUACCAGGUGGCCCUCCUCAACACGGUCUUCAACGGCUUUGCCGCCUCUCUUGCCGAGGGCACGUGGCCCUUCGUCAGCUACAUGCCAGCAGGGCGGGUGGACACUGAACUCCGGCAUGCGGGGCCUGACCCUGGCAGCAGGGCCACUCGGUGGAAGGCCACCCCAGACGGGCCUGCAGCGCGUUCCUCAGCCCAUACGGGUAUAAACCUGCCUCCUCUCCUCUGGUCUCAGGCUGCCCACCAGCUGCGCUUUGUCAGGCAGUGGUCCGUGUUCGGCAAAACCCUGCAGAAGUCCACGCGGGAGCUGGCUGCCGCCGGACUGGCCUUCACGCUGCUCCUCCUCGCUUAUUCCCAGCUUGGCUUCCUGCUCUUCUCCUCCUGCUCCGAAUCCUUCCACAGCUUCAGCAGCAGCCUCCUGCUCCUCCUGGCCGCCAUCCGCGGCAGCGUGAACCUCCGGCUCUGCCUGCCCGAGCCCUCGGGGCUCUACUACCUCUUCUGCACCAGCUACAUCGCCCUGGAGAUGUGGAUCAUGCUGAGGCUCUUUGCCGCCGUGCUCAUCCACAGCUACCGGGAGAUGAAUUUCGAGCUGUGCCGCCCGGCCUUCGAGCCCCAAGACUACGAGAUGGUGGAGCUCUUCGUCCGCCGCCUGAAGCUUUGGAUGGGCUUCAGCAAAGUCAAGGAAUUUCGGCACAAGGUGAGGUUUGAAGGGAUGGAGCCGUUACCGUCCCGCUCCUCCAGCGACUCCAAGUCCUUCCGGGGUCCCACCCCCAGCGCAGCCUCCGACAGCUCCAGGGCUUCCACUUCCUCCAGCCAGCUGGACGUGCUGAGCACCAGGGAGAGCUCAGAGGUGGAGGCCGACGUCCAGCGUCUCCUCUCCCUCUUCGAGGUGCUGCUGGCCCAGUUUGACCGGGUGAACCAGGUGACGGAGGAGGUCUAUCGCAUCGAGCAGCAGCUGCAGGACUCCCAGAGCAGGAGGACCAGGAUGAAGUCCAUCCAGAUGACAGAGGACCUGCUGACUAGCUACUGCCUGGAGCGCACAGAGCAGGGACUUCCUCCUGAGAACUUUUCUGACGACUUGCACCCUCCCCGAGACCCUGUCUUGCCCUCCCACCCCGCCAGCGCCCUGGAGAGCAGCACAGACCGUGUGCCCAGCCCAAUAAUCCGAGCCAGUAGGGGCAUCAGCCUAGCAUCUUCUCUGCUUUCCCUGCACAAGACACACACUCCCCCAGCGUCAGUGGUCAGGAAGAAAAAAACGCUCCGGGCAAAGAACAAGGUCCACCCCAGCAUCAAGUAACUGGAGACCACGUGCAGCGCCACUGGGGAAAUACGUCACCGCGCCUUCGCGGGGAAGGCGGUAAGAGCCUCGGAACGUGACCCAUGAAGGUUCCACCGCCGCUUGGGGUCAGAGCCGGAAGUCGCAAGGGGCUGCCGGUGUGGAAAACGGAAGCAUUCGCUGUGCCGUGCUGGGCUCUUGGCCAGCUUGGAUGCUGGCAGCAUCACUGCCGCCUCAGGACAUGCAGCUGAGAAGAUGCUGUGAGUCUCCCACGAGCCUAAUGAAGAUGGACACAGCCGCUGUGAGUUGUACACCCUGGCAGCUUCUGACUCCACGGGUCCUCACUUUCCUGUUUUGUUUAGCGAUGGUUUCACAGCUUUUUGGUCGCCUUGGAGAUUGUUGGUCCUUUGGGCCAGGGCAACCUCCACGACCCAGCGUCACCAAGGCCAGAGGAGAGAGGCUGCAAGACAUUCACCUCACCAUAGCUAGCACCGGCAGCAAGAGGAAAAGCAACGUUAACCGGGGCUGAUAGUAAACAGAAGUGUCUCACAAAACGAGCACGUUUCAAAAGCACUGGCCCGGUACUGCUAAGUUGCUCUAGCAAGAGCUGCGGCGAAGUAAAGCGAAUGCCGCCAGGAUCACCUCCAGAAGGAUUUCCCGGGCUCAGCGGGCUGGGCCAAAAGCCGAGGGGAGAGGAGGUGACAUUCCGAGUACUUCAUGGUUUUAUCGACUUGUGGGUUCACAGACCGGACACCGUGGAGGAAAACGACAGGUUUCAGGGGGAUAUUUAACUCAAUCAUUGUAUCGGCAUGAAUAUAUAGAGACAGUAUCUACACCCAGGGCGGUUAGUUUGCAGUAUUGGCUAGUGUUAUCCUCCAGCAUUUGAUACUAUUAUUUGUAUUUAAAAAUUAUUUAAAAAUAUGAAAGACCGUGACAUCCCUAUCAAGCCACCGCUUCCAAUCAGCAACCAGUCUUAGGGAGUGGCAAUUAGUGACAGCUCCGCUAAAAAGGUACUGGAGACCUAGGGGGAGUUCUUCUAAUUGGUCACUCAAACGAGGGGGCUGCCGGCUCAGCUCCCCUUUCGCUACUGAUCUUUCCCCAGCCAAUAGAUUGAAUGGGUAAGUGUGGUGCGUUGGUUGCUUGGUUUCUCUUGUUGAAGGAAUGUAUUGACAUAGGUAUUUUUUUGGUUUACUUUUUUGUAUGUACUGCCCAGCACUUUAAACAAUGCUUUCCUUGGCUAACCACGACACACGCAAACGUUUUAACGAGAACGGAAUAAUAUAUCGUGAAAGCAGUAUUUUUUUUUAAACAUACACGGAAAUGAGCAAUCGGUAAUGUGAACGCAGCUCCCCAGUGCGCCAUCCCGGGUGCAGCCACACCUCCAGGGCUGGGUGCCGGCUAACGACCCUCAAACCUUCUCACCCACAAACGUAGGAGUGCCCCACGGGAAACAAAUGCCUUCAGAUAAACAAACGCUCUAGAGGAUGCAGGAAACAAGCCGCCUGGCAGCGGAAAGAAGUGGGGCGAGACAAGGGCAAACAGGUCUUGGUUUGCUCCUGUCCGGGACAGGAAGAUGUAUCUGCUCCCACUCCCCACGGUGCUGUAAGCCAGAGUAUAUUGAGCUACAACUGCACUACAUUUGAUAGGCCAUGGCAGGUACGUGUUGAGCACUUCCUACCCCCUCUAGAAAAUCAGAACAGUGGCAAUCAAAUGCACCCAUGUGGGCAGCCCCCCUCUGUGCCGAUUAUUUCCAGCUCUGCUAAGAGGUGCUAACAUCAGCAAAAUUGUCCUGGCAGCGAGUGCCUGUGGAAACGCCCUCCCCAGGCUGCGUUCACCUCACCCUUGCCGUUCCGCGCUAUGUCGAUUGUAAGUAAUUUAUACGGGGUUUUGAAAUGUAUAUAGUUAUGUAUGUUUGCUAUAUUUUCAUAGCAGCGGUGCCGUGUGUGACACAUGUAGAUAGCCGACAGAACACUGAUGUCAGAGUUAUUUAAAGGGUGUAUGAAGUGCUUCUUUCCGGGACUGUUCAUUGUAUAUAAAGUAUUAGGUGUCGGCGUGCGUGUGCGCUCUUGUGCCCGACGACGAGGCGCGGGCUGGCCUGGCCCGCUGUCAGGCUCAACACAGGGAGCUGAGUGCGGCAACGGGGUCGCUCGCGAUGCCUUUGGGGUUCUUCCCCAGCCCCCGGCCAGUUCUGCUCAAGGCUUUCGAAUGGUAGAGCUGUUCGCCGGCUGCCCGUUGAAACCAAAAGGCCAAUAUUAGCGGGGGCUGUUGUUCCUGGUACAGCAUCUCCUUUUUGACCCCAGCUGGCUUCCAGGGCUGCCCCGUUUGGCUCGUCACAUGGCUCUCUUCCAAGCCCUUAAGCUCCCUAAUCCAGGGGAGGAACGAGCUGAUGGGAAGUCUGUGCUCCUUUCAUGCAGGCUAGAGCCACUUCCUUUCGCAUUGGUGGCUCUUCCCUUUUGGCAGCUCGUUCGCCAUCUCCAGCUCCUGGUUUUCUCCUGCUGCGCAUGUGAGAUGGAGGCAUGGAGCUUGGUAAUCCAGCUGGCAUCCAGGCUGCCUUGCGCCACGCUUGCUGGAGACUUGAGCUGCAAGCCCGGGAUUUCCUCGCGAGGAGGUUUGCCUUCAGGGAAGUUCGUUUGGACGUUUUGGACUUGCGGAGCUGACUGCAGAGGACAAAGUUAGGUGCGGCCUUGUCGAAGGCGCAGGGGAGAGGUUAGCGUGAGGGCGAAAGAAAGGCGAAGGCGGUUUGGUGGGGGCGGGGAGGGCCUGAAAGCACAGAAGGCAAGGCUGGAAGUAGAGUAGAGCGCGAAGGAAAUGGGAGCUGGAGCCCUGGGCGAGCUUCGCAGAGGGGCGACGGAAGAUCGGCAGGGGCAGAGUCCCAGCAAAGUGACAUGCUUGGAAUGUUGGAAGAGGCAGCGGCAGACAAGUUGGAGAAGUGGAAAGUGGAGCUUACUUGGCACCUAUCCGUUAGCACAGGCCUGGGCACCAUACGGCCCAGGAGCCGGAUCUGGCCCAGAGCAAGGGGCAGGUUUUGCUAUUGAGUUUACAGCAAUAAAUCCUAUUGCCUACACCCAAAUGAUUUUAUAUCCCUAUUACUGCACUCUAUCUGCCCUGAGAUUUGAAUCAAUUCCGCUCCCUCCCCUCCCCCCAAAACUACUUCAAUGCUGCUUUUGAACAACCCCCCUUCCCUUCACUUUUUACAAGCAACAGAAGCACUGUUUGGGUCUGCCCCAUGGGCUCUGCAAGGUUCCCCGCACACGGCUUUGGAGACAAAGCAGCGUCAGCGGAGAGAUUAUGGGAACAUGCCAGGGCCGCAGUGCUGUCUGUACUGGCCAAACUAGCAACUCGUGUGAUGCCCCAAACCUGUUCUUGGGGGCAGGGGGUAGCCAGGAUUCAGCUUGUUGCGGUCCACCAGAGGCACUGUGACACCAUGGGCAAAGUGACAAUUUCUAGGGGUCCUUUCCCCUGGCUGUACACAAGAGCUGAAGUACUCCUUCAGCUCAGGGCGAGAGAUGUGAG